AAAGCGCUAUCACAGUCGCAAGCAACACGGUUCACUUCCACCAUCAGUCAAAAAAAAGGCCCAGAGCAAAGUACAGGUUCUACCCAGACCGCCAAACAAGCCACUCAACCAGAAAAACCUAGGAAAGGGAAAACCCUGGCUGAAAUCGACGAAGAGAUGAGACUUGCGAUGGAAGGGUUGGCUGGGGAUGGAGGUGAAGCUGGGCUGGAACUUGAAGAGGGUCAAGCUGUCUCAAUGAAACGCGGCGUCAGGGAAAAUAUGUUCAGAUAUAUCUGA